AUGGAAUCUUCGGAGACAGCGUCCGUAUCUUCCAGGGCGUCGUCGUCUUCUGCUCGACCUAAAAUUUAUAUUUGUGACGAGCCAGGCUGCGAGAAGGCCUAUUCUAAACCAUCACUCUUAGAACAACAUAAAAGAUCACAUACUAAUGAAAGACCGUUUAAAUGCUCAGAAACUGGUUGCGAUAAGUCUUUCUUAAGAAAGUCACAUUUACAAGCACAUUUGCUUUCUCAUGAAAAUCAAGAAAGUAAACCCUUCCAGUGUGCAACUUGCGGCAAAGGUGUGAAUACCUUACAACAUUUAAAGAGACACGAAAUAACACAUACAAAAUCAUUCGUUUGUAAAUUUGAGGGCUGUAAUGAGUCAUUUUAUAAGCAUCAGUCACUCAGACAUCAUACACUAUCCGUUCAUGAAAAAAAAUUGUUAUGCAAUAAGUGUAAUAAAUCGUUUAACAGACCGUAUCGAUUGGCACAACACAAUAUUAAAUAUCACAGUGACUCUCCGGCUUACCAAUGUGACCAUCAAGGCUGUUUUGGAAAUUUUAUGACAUGGUCAGCUUUACAAUUGCAUAUAAAAACUGAACACCCAAAGAUAAAGUGUCCUAUAUGUGGGAAAGGAUGCGUAGGUAAGAAAGGGCUUCGGUCACACAUGAAUAUCCACGAUGAAGAAAAGAUGGUGAAACUAUGGAAUUGUAAUUAUUGUAACAUUGGAAAAUUUGUGAAAAAGGCCGAUUUAAUAGAUCAUUACAACACUUAUCACGACAGAAAUCUUCCUGAUGAUUUAUUGAAACCGAUCGAACGAGAACAGUUAGAUAGACUUCUAAACGAAAAGGACUCAACCAAUACUGAUUUUAAUACUUUAGAAGCAUUACAAUCAAAAGGGUUUGUGGAAGUAUCGUCGGAUGAAGAGAAGGAAGAGAAUGAUUACAUGUCCAAUGGUAUGCAAGCUUCACACAAAUCAUUGAAUUCGUUAAAUUUAACUUUGGAAUCUGGAAAAGCAUCCAUUGUAGAUCUCAUUCUGAAUAAUUAUCUGAAAAGGAAACUUCCAUGUCCGAAAAAGAAUUGUGAUAGAAUGUUCAGCCGUGAUUAUGAUCUUGAGAGACAUUUAAAGUGGCAUGAAUCACACUUAAAAAAAAUUGAAACGUUUUUAAAAAGUCUUGAUCUGGAAGAAAAGGACUCUAGCAAUAUGCACGAUAAGAGGUUGUUUCCAGAUAAUGAUGAACCUGUGAUGGCUACCAAGAGACAUCAUGCAGUGGAAAGUAGUGACGACGAUUUUGAGCUAGAUGACAUGAUAGAUGAAGAAUUAAAAUCGAUUCAGGCUGGCCAAAUAGCAGGUAAUAAUACUGCGGAUGUAAAAUAG